CACACACUUCCGGUUGUUGGCGCGUCCACUUCCGGUGCCGAGGAGUCCCUGGGAGUCGGAGCGAGGGGGAAAAAAAAAAAAGCGGGCAUACUGUUGUUUCCUUUCUGCCUUUCGCCACCGUCGAAUGUUUUGAUAGCGUUCGAAUUUUUGAAGUUAAGCUACUGUAAUUUUUUUUUGUGGGGGCCGGCGGUGCCAGUGGAGGGUUUGUGUGUUGGAGAGAGGCCUCAUUCAUUCUGUUGUCGUAGCCAGUUAACAUCCGGGGCCUUUUCUUCUUGGACUUGCUAAUUCCAUGCUAAUGCUAACCCACGUUUCCUCGCCAAUGACUUUGCUCAGCGCUUGUAAAUAAUAACUCUUUUUUUGCGUGGGCGUCGAGCGACAUUUCAAUAUAUAUUACUAUUCGCAGCCCAAGUCGAUGCUAGUAUAAGAAGCGUGCACCCUUAGCAAAGCGCUUCUUCUUUUUUUUUUUUUUUGCCCACUUUGUUGCUUGCUAGCUCCGAGCUAUUCGCGCGAAGCCCACAAAGAUGUCGGACUUCGACGAGUUUGAACGGCAGCUGUCCGAAAACAAACAAGCCGAACGUGAUAAGGAGAACCGGCACCACCGUCGCUCCGGCUCCCGCAGCCGCAGCAGAGACCGCAAGAGGAGAAGCAGAGACCGGGACAGGCGCAGCCGGGAUCGCCGCCCAGACAGCAAGGAUCGCAGACACAGACGAAGUGGCCCGGAAAUGAACCGAACCGUGACCUCUAAACCGAGCCCACCCCCGAGCUUUCCACCGGAAAAUCCUGCGAGCCGUUCUCCACAUCGUGAGAAAAAGAAGAAGAUUAAGAAGUACUGGGAUGUUCCACCACCUGGCUUUGAAAGCAUCAGCCCCAUGCAGUACAAAGCCAUGCAAGCUGCAGGCCAGAUCCCGGCAACAGCCCUCCUGCCGACCAUGACUCCGGAUGGCCUGGCCGUCACCCCCACCCCGGUACCUGUCGUGGGAAGCCAGAUGACCCGACAGGCUCGCAGGCUCUAUGUGGGCAACAUCCCCUUUGGCAUCACAGAGGAGUCCAUGAUGGACUUUUUCAACGCUCAGAUGCGUUUGGGUGGUCUUACUCAGGCCCCAGGCAACCCCGUGCUGGCAGUGCAGAUCAACCAGGACAAGAACUUUGCCUUCCUUGAGUUCCGCUCAGUGGAUGAGACAACACAGGCGAUGGCUUUUGAUGGAAUCAUCUUUCAAGGCCAGAGCCUGAAAAUCCGCCGUCCGCAUGAUUACCAGCCACUGCCGGGCAUGAGCGAGAACCCCAGUGUCUAUGUGCCUGGUACACAGACAAUUAAUGGCGUGGUGUCCACAGUGGUGCCUGAUUCCGCCCAUAAGCUCUUCAUUGGCGGUUUGCCCAACUAUCUCAAUGACGACCAAGUGAAGGAGCUGUUGACGUCAUUCGGCCCCCUGAAGGCCUUCAACCUGGUGAAGGACAGCGCUACCGGCCUAUCUAAAGGAUACGCCUUCUGUGAAUAUGUGGACGUCAACCUCAAUGACCAGGCCAUUGCUGGGCUUAACGGCAUGCAGCUUGGCGACAAGAAGCUGCUGGUGCAGCGAGCUAGCGUGGGAUCCAAGAACGCCACUCUGACGACCAUAAACCAGACCCCGGUCACGCUGCAGGUGCCCGGCCUGAACAGCACCGUGACCCAGAUGGGCGGCCUGCCCACGGAGGUGCUGUGUCUGAUGAACAUGGUGGCGCCCGAGGAGCUGCUGGACGAUGAGGAGUACGAGGAGAUCGUGGAGGACGUCAGGGACGAGUGCAGCAAGUACGGCCAGGUCAAGAGCAUCGAGAUCCCCCGGCCUGUCGACGGCCUGGAUGUGCCCGGCACCGGAAAGAUUUUCGUGGAGUUCAUGUCGGUGUUUGACUCCCAGAAAGCCAUGCAGGGCCUGACAGGAAGGAAGUUUGCCAACAGAGUGGUGGUGACCAAGUACUGCGACCCGGACGCUUAUCACCGCCGAGACUUCUGGUAGAGGAGGCGAGUUGGGGGCCUGGGGGGGAGGGGGGGAGGGUU